AUGGCCCCAGCGCGGAUUCCCGGCUCCCCGGCAGGAAUGUGCCGGGGGGUUCCGGCCCCCCGCCCGCCGGGGCCGCUUCCUCUUUCAGCGCUAUUUAAGCGGCUCCCGGCGCGUCCCGCCCGGCCGGGCCAUGGAGCGCUUGGAGGUGACCGAGACCUUUGCGGGCAUCGCCCUGCCCGGCCACCUCCACACCCAGGAGUCCCUCGGCUUCGCCGCCGCCUUCACCUUCCGCCCCACCGACGUGCUCAUCGCCACCUACCCCAAAUCGGUGCCAAUCCAUGCUUGCCCUACAGUGCCAUGAUGUGCCGUGCCACACCAUGGUGCCAUGGCCCUGCCCUGACACCCACCUCUGCAGGCACCACCUGGAUGCAGGAGAUCCUGACGCUGCUCUUCAGCCUCGGCGACGCCCGCCCAGCCAAGACCAUUCCCAACUGGGAGAGGGCACCAUGGCUGGAGCAGAUCUACAGCCGGGAGGCUCUGCGGAACACCGGCAGCCCGCGGCUCCUCACCACCCACCUGCCCGCCCGCGUGCUGGCCCCCGCCCUGCAGCGCAGCAAGGCCAAGGUGAUCUACGUGGCCAGGAACCCCAAAGACGUUGCUGUCUCCUUCUACCACUUCCACCACCUGGCCAAGUUCCUGCCAGACCCCAGCUCCUUCGAUGCCUUCCUGACGCAGUUCCUCGAGGGCACAGUGCACUACGGCUCCUGGUUUGACCACGUCAAGGGCUGGCUGGGCCAGCGGCACCUCCUGGACAUCCUGUACGUCACCUACGAGGAGCUGCACCAGGACCUGCGGGGCACGGCACAGCGCCUCAGCAGCUUCCUGGGGUGCCCGCUGGCACCGGGCACGCUGGCAGCCCUGGAGCAGCACUGCAGCUUCUCAGCCAUGCGGGACAACGCCAUGGCCAACUACUCCCUGAUCCCCGCCGAGAUCAUGGACCACAGCCAGGGCCGCUUCAUGCGCAAAGGGGUGGUGGGGGACUGGCGCAGCCACUUUUCCCCCGAGCAAAACGCCCUCUUCAACCGGCGCUACCAGGAGGAGAUGGGGGACACGGAGCUGCCCUCGCAGUGGCCCAUGGCCUGAAGGAGCCGGGCUCUGGGGGGACGCCGAGCCCUCACCUGCUGACAACCACCACAUGGAGACCCUGCAGGGGAGGGGCCCCCUCCAAACACCGCCUGUGUCACCGCCCGCGGGGCUGGGGGUUCUCGUGGGGGGCCAGGCACGUCCCUCCUUUCCGGCCCUGCAUUGUGGCCAUCCCGGUGGCCUUGCUCCCCCCGGCCAGGGGCUGUGGCCGUGACCCCUCUUUCCGCCCAUCCCGCCCUGCGGAAAUAAAUAUUUAUUGCUGUUC